ACAGUCUUCAUCGUUCACAUCGGUGUUUUUCAACAAAUUCCACAUUAUCUCGUGCUGGAGUACGUUGACAUGGUAGCAUGCUAGGCUGGUCGUGUGUGUAACUGUGGCCUGAGAUAGCGCGCAUCAUUUCGGAGAAAGCAAGUUCACAGAGCCGAGGACUGUCAGGAGCCAUUAAAUACUGAUUAUCUCAUCCAGAUAAGUCAAACUGUUAGUUUUACCUGGAUAUCAUUGUCAUAAACGUGUUAACUACCUGAACAAACUGAAAGUAAGUCAGUCUAUCAUCUGUACCGUUAUCUUGUAGCAGUGCUGUGCUGUUACAGCUUUUGUUUACAUGGCUCCUCGGUUAGCUCGCUGCUUCUGUUUGUCAGUCCUCUUCCAGAAGCAACGAGAUGGCUAGCUAGCUAGCUAACUUAGCACGCUAGGUCAAGUUUUUGUUUUGUUUGCACUGCACGCAAGUGAGUGUGGUUGGUAGCUAGCGAGCUGGUAUUAGCUAGCCACAUUGCUAAUACAUAUACAUUCUAUUACGUUGCCGUCCAGCAAGCUGUGUGCCUGUCGGCUGUAUGUGGGCGUGUGUGUUCAGUAUUAUGUCAGUUAAGCUGCUCUUGAAUCAGUAGCUCUGAACUGCUCCCAGCCUGAAUCUCCUACAGUGAUGCCUGGGUAGAUAUCUAACUUAUAUAGCUACUGAAAUUGCUAGUGAGUAGUUUAGCGUUUUUUUUAUUUGUGUGGCAUCGGGUCACUGUACUAAAACGCUCCUGGGCCUUCCUGGUGUUUGGUGCAAGUUGAUUGGGCAGACACAUUUUAACUUUCAGAGACAACCAGAGAGUCUGUAGGAGGGCUGUGAGCAAAGCUCCCAUCCGAGGCCCCCUCCCAAAGAAGCAGCAUGUCCAGUGACCCCCCUCCUCCCUACCCAGGGGGCCCCAGUGCCCCGCUUAUUGAAGAGAAGAAUGGACAACCUCCAGUCUCUGCAAGCCCAGCUCCUGUAACGACUGGACCCCCAGUGGGACAGCCUGUGCCACCAGAGUACGGUCCUCCGCCUUACGAGGCCACAAUGCAGCCAGGUUUCGUUCCGCCACACGUCCCUGGCGAGGGCCAUAUGCCCAUGCCCAUGCCCAUGCCACAUCCGCACGGUGGCUACUACCCUCCCCCCGGUCACUAUCCCCACCCCAUUCCAGGACAGUUUGGUCCAGGGCCCAGCCACUACGGCCCAGCUCCGGGUCACACAGCAACGGUGAUUGCCCCGCCAGGGGCUGCCACUACGGUCACAGUGCUGCAGGGUGAGAUGUUUCAGUCGGCACCAGUGCAGACGGUGUGUCCGCACUGCCAGCAGGCCAUUAUCACCCGCAUCAGCCACGACGUGGGCCUAAUGAACACCCUCUUCUGUCUUUUCUGCUUCUUUGUGGGUUGUGAUCUAGGCUGCUGCUUGAUCCCAUGUCUGAUCGAUGACCUCAAGGAUGUGACACACACCUGCCCCAACUGCAAGGGCUACAUCUACACAUACAAACGCAUAUGCUAACAGCGUCCCCGACCCCCGCAGCACCACCCCAGCAGUUGUACUAAGUCCUCAUAGCUCACUCAUGUGAGUUCUGCCGCAUUUUCUGUUUUUGUUUUUCCGCUGCGUGUGCUGUGCUUCAUUUAGCCCCAGCUGGUUGCCCAGUUUUUCUUUUUACUAGGCGUCCGUCCAUUGCUCACUGUAAAUAACCACUGACUCUCUCAACCAUGUACAAGGACUUGUGUUUAGUUAUUGACACUACAAGGUGAAUUGAAGGAGGAAAGUUGCAAACUUCAUUGAAGAAGGGAUGAAGAGUCACUACACUGUAUGUGCAUAAUGCAAGCGUUUCUGAAUAGUGAAUUGUGGGAGUACUGUAAGGAUUUUAGUAUUGAUGAAGCCGCAUAGGUUUGUGGCAGAUGGUCUUGUUGGGGGGGAUUGUGUGAAAAGCCGUCACUUUAUCAAUCUCAUGUGAACUUUACAGAGUAGCAUAACUGAACGAUGAAGUCCAUUUCAGGGUCAGUGUUAUUUUUAUUGUAAUUAUUUGAGGUUGUUCUUUUAUGUGUCAUUAUUUUAACAUGUUAAUAUAAAAGCCUGUGAUGGCUGUGUCUGUUUGCAAAAACAGUUACGACCAAGAUCUACAUUAUGCUGUUCCUUCUACAUGUGAAUACUUACGCCUGUAUAUUCAGUCUCAAGCAGAUGUUACUGUCAGAAAGACGUCGUUCUUUCGCCAUUCUGAAGUUGUUUGGAUUUGCAAGACUCGAUAUGCUUGUCGAUAGCUGUAACAUACACUCUUGUGUAGACUUGUGCAAUUUUACAUGAACGGUUUCCUAAGCUGGCAGCAAACGUAAUGCAAAAUGUUCUUGAUCUGCUCCUUUGUAAUAAUAAUUAAUUUAACGAAAUAGUAGACGGGUUCUGCAUAAUAUUCUCCAUGUCUUAGUGCAGCAUUGUCCAUCAUUUUGAAUCCUGUGCCACUUGUGGUACGUUCUUCGCUGCAUUUGCUGUCCUGUUAAACUGUGAAUGAUAGAAAUAGCUCUAAUGCUCCUCAACCAUUAAGCGUUCUUCUACAUUGUUAGUGAGCCAAGUCAGGCUUUUUUUUGCAAGAUGUUUGGGUUUUAUUAGGCCUAAUAGUUUUAUGGAUGUCAAAAUGGGGGACCUAAAAAUUAAUAAGCUAACAUAACAUGCAGUUAUUACUGGCCAUAUGCACCUUCUAAAUGAUGUACUCUGAUAAAGGCCAUUGGACCAUUGGGCAGGUGCUUGGGCAGGAUAGUGACCGUCAGCACAUGCGCAAAACAAAGCUGCUUUGUCAGAGGACGUGAUCAGCACACUGCAUGCCAUCACUGUAAUCUCACGCAAGACUCUCUGUGGCCAUAUGUCCCAUCUGCGCUGGGAGCUCACUGUUGGUCCUGCUGUGCUAUUUGCUACACUGGGCCUCUGAACCCAAAGCAGAUUAACUCUUCACUUUACUCAUGUCUGUUAUUAGGCAUAGGGAUUUAAAGGAAUUGUUCACUAAAGAAUCAAAUGUACAGUUUUCCCCUGGCCCGAAAUAUAAUUGAUUGACCAUGACGACUUUGGUGUCUGAUGUUUGCUUCUUUAGUUCUGUACUGGAGCUAUAAGGCUAAUGUAGUUAAAAAGUAAUAGAAGUCAUGAUAUCACCUAAAAUGAAAUUAGUAAUUAGUAUUAAAUUAGUAACUCCAAAGAAUCAACCCUCCCCCAUUAAUUUCUGGAAAAUAAGCCCCUCCCCAUACAGAAAAGAAAUAUAUGGGUGGGUAUUUGUAAUAUGAAAGAUACAUUUUCAAAUACAUUAAUUAAUUUUCAUACUUUUCCAAAUGUAUUUAAAUCCAUUUUACAUAUACUUCUUGUCCAUAUGGGUCUGCUGUCUGUACCUCCAGAGUUAUUACUCAGCCUUGAUUUUAGUGAUUUCCAAUGUAGCCCCUACACAUCAUGCCAGCAGGACAUUGAAUAACCAUUUUUUCUGUGAUGCACAACAAUGGUUUUUGUUUUUGAUGGUCAGUAAUACAGUAAUAUGCAUUAUUUAAGCAAUGUCAGUUCUGUUUAUUUUUUCAGCACUCAUGUUUUUCUUUUAUGCAAGAAAAGAGGCACCUGGUUUUGAAGCUUUAUUCUAUUCCACGAAGUGAUCCAGCACCAUGUGUCAGGCAUGUUAUUCUAAUACGCACCAAAAAAAAAAAAAGCUUAAAGGCAUAGCUCAGAAAAAGGGAAUGGGAUUGAAUUUUGCUAUACAAAUCAUUUUGAUUUACUCUCUGCUGGAUUUGAUCACAAUGAGAUUUCAUGCUCUUAAGGAACAUCUUCAUAUAUUUAGAUACCAGCAUGAACGUACUGUACACUAAACAUACAGACACUCACGGAUGCCUCUCAGUGAAGACAACAAUCUCAUACAAAAAUAGUAUGCAUGCUCCUCUGGUUUUAUGACUACUUGCACAAUCUGAGCUGACUCCCUUUAAUCGAACUUAAUUUUGAAUCCUGUAGGCCUACAAUGCUUUGUAAAGUGGCUUGACGCUGUGGAAAACAGACUAGAUGUAAAGCUAUGUGUUACAGGAAUGCAUUAACUUUAGAUCAACAACUACAGGUAGUUUGUGGCAUAAUACCUGUUGCCAUUCUUAACCGGAAUUGUCAUAUGUAUGUAAAGCAGAACAUACUGACUCUGUGUACAUUUAUUAUUUUAAGAAUAACAACAACAAUAAUAAUAAUAAUAAUAAUAA